GCUUUCCCGCUGCGAGAGUGAGUUUCAAACUCGCUGCUAGUAUACCUCUCGAACACACAAACAACAGUCGCAUGAAAACAUGACGUCAUAACAAGUGAGUGUUAUGUCCAUGUCGAAUAGUGAUGGCGGCCGGAUGCUACGUAAAGGUAGCUCGAAGUCGCCCAAAAAAUCACGGAAAACUGAGGAAAAAGCGUGGAAGUACGAGUCGCAGUCGGUGCAUCAGAAAAACUUGUAUUUUGUUUCUUACCCAGUGAUAUUAUUAUUUAAUAUUUUAAGGACUUUGCUGUAUCAGCUUUUUGUGAUAUUCAAAUAUUUGUACGCGUCAACUUCGCGGUUUGUUCACCGUCCAAAGACAAAAAAUUUAAAUUGUAAUGUAGAGAUUGUAGUGCCAGAUAGUGAAAGUGAGGCACAAGAAUAUACGCAAGACAUGUCGCAGCUUCACCCAAAACAUCCCACAGGACCAGGACCAGGCGAUCCUUUACUGGCGAAACAAAAACAUCACCACAGGAGAGCUUUUGAAUAUAUUUCCAAGGCACUUAAAAUUGAUGAAGAAAAUGAAGGACACAAAGAAAUGGCCAUUGAGCUGUACAAGAAGGGAAUCAGCGAACUGGAGAAAGGAAUUGCAGUGGAUUGUGUGGGUGGAAAGGGAGAAGUUUGGGAGCGAGCCCAGAGGCUACACGAGAAAAUGAAGACUAACCUGUCCAUGGCCAAAGACAGGCUGGACUUCCUAGCGAGCAUAGUGCACCUCGGCCAGUUAGCUGUUUGCAAUGAGCAGGACAUGGACGAUGCGACAAGCAAGGCACGCCGCCCUCGCUUGAUCUCCCACCCUCCGCCUGCCUUACAGACAUACACCAAUCACGUUGACACGAACAAGUCUCGGCUUCUCCAGCCUAAAACCAUCGUGCCCCCUUCAGCCUUGGGCCGCAAGCUGAUGAUCCCCAUGAAGAGGCCCCCCGGCACAGCGACCAGCAAGAGCCAGACCCUCCCCCGCAGCAUGGGCUCACGAACGCGCAACAACGUCCCGGUGCCUGCUCCCAGCAAGCCCAGCUCCACGCCACCGGCCAUCAAGCGCCAGCUGUCUGGGCCUAGCAGUUCGCCCGUGAGGAGGCCAGGGAACCACAGCAGUAGCAACAGAGGCACGCCAUCCCGCCGGACAUCCACUCCUGCCCUCAAGGGGGUCGAUCCCAAACUUGCUCAGAUCAUCCUGGACGAGGUGUUGGAGGGAGGUGCGCCAGUGCACUGGGAAGACAUUGCCGGCCAGGAGGUGGCCAAGCAGGCCCUGCAGGAGAUGGUGAUCUACCCCGCGCUGAGACCAGAGCUGUUCACGGGACUGAGGACGCCCUCGCGGGGCCUGCUGCUGUUCGGGCCGCCGGGCAACGGCAAGACGCUGCUCGCCCGGGCCGUCGCCACGGAGUGCAACGCCACCUUCUUCAGCAUCAGCGCCGCCAGCCUCACCUCCAAGUACGUCGGCGAGGGGGAGAAGCUGGUGCGGGCGCUGUUCGCGGUUGCCAGGGAGCUGCAGCCAUCCAUAAUCUUCAUCGACGAGGUCGACUCGCUGCUGUCGGAGAGGAGGGAGGGAGAGCAUGAAGCUAGCCGCCGGUUGAAGACUGAGUUCUUGGUGGAGUUUGACGGCCUGCCGUCGAGCUCGGAGGAGCGAGUGCUGGUGAUGGCUGCCACCAAUCGCCCUCAGGAGCUGGAUGAGGCUGCGCUCAGGAGGUUCUCGAAGCGCAUAUACGUGACGCUGCCCGACCAGACGACCCGCGUCCUGCUGCUGAGCCGGCUGCUCGGCAAGCACCACAGCCCGCUGUCGGGGGACGAGCUGCAGCGGCUGGCGCGUCUCACGGACGGCUACUCGGGCAGCGACCUCACCAGCCUGGCCAAGGACGCUGCCCUCGGUCCCAUCAGAGAAUUGAAUCCGGAAGAACUGCGUUGCUUAGAUCCUGGCAAAGUGCGCAACAUUAACUUCCAGGACUUUGUGGAUUCCUUGAAGCGAAUUCGGCGUUCUGUGUCGCCGGGCAGUCUGCAGUUGUACGAGAAGUGGAACCAGGAGUUUGGCGACGUCAGCCUCUGAUCUGUGGCUCCGCGCACUUGCCGCGAAGCUCCUGUAACUGUCGCUUAGUUAAUGCUUCUGCUUCUCAGAUGGUCGCGCCUGAUCACUAUCGCAGCAGAGGUCAUGGUUUGACUCGCUUGUGGAAUCCACUUCAUGGAAAAAGAAUAAUACGUCCCUUCAAGAAUUUAGUGAGAGUUGUUAUUUUAGUUUGCUGACAAUUAUGGGGAAAAAAAUGUAUGCUUUUCAAGCAAAAAUUUUGUGCGUUAGGGUUUCACAAAAUGAAAGUAUCUUAAAAACACAAUAUUUGUUACUUAUUAAACAUAGUUUUGUUAUUGCAAUUAUAGAUGUGCUUUUCUGUAGUAUUCUUGCCAGUGGAGAUAGUUCUGUAAUAAUGGUUAUAUGAUAGUCAUUAUAUUAUUAUUUUAGGAGGAAUGUUACCUAGCAGUCACAAUUCUGAAUAGUUUUGUGUGGAAGUCUAAUAGACUAUAAAAAAUGUUUUAUUGAAAUUUUUGUAAUUUUGCACAAUGCUGUAAGACUGCAAAGUGUUCUAUUUUUGUGUUUGUUUCGUCGCAAAUUUAUUUUAUGAGACUUUACUUGAAUGAGACUUCAUUUAAAAUAUAUAUUUUUAAAUUUUAUGUUAUCUUGUAAUAUGCAUCAUACCAUUUAUGUAUUUUUAUGGCAAUAAUAAUUUCAAUUUGUGAAGUGCUUAUAUGCAACCAUUUUCAAGCACAUUUUAUAUUAGAACUCUUACUACCUUAAGUUUCUUGUACUGUGUAAUUUAGCUUUUUCUACCACUAUUAGUCAAAAAAUGUUAAUAUUAUUAACAAAUAUGUUCUUUGCUUUGUAUGGUAUAGUAGAAUUUGUACAUACAAUUUUGUAAUUGGUAGGCUUAGGAGAACAAUUUUUGAACUAUGAAUAAUUUAUUUGUUUGUAUAAGUCACACACAAACUUAUAUUUAUUAGUGCUUGUGUUUAAAAUAAUUGUAGAUAUUGUAAUAUUUUCUGUAAUAUCUUCAGUGUACUACCACUUAGAAUGAAUAGCAGUUUUAAUGUGUG